AUGGAGUCGCCAGAGAGGUCUGCUAGGAUCGAGUCUGUCAGUCAGGGACAGACUCUUCAUGGUACGACGAGCGUGUCAGGCUCUCAUAUUCCGAUGAUUUCUUCUUCAGAGGUACCUACCUCGACCGUACCCGUCAGACCCACCCUUACAACAUCCACUGUUCCACCAGCGGUACCACAUACGGUAUAUCCAGCACCUCCUCCAGUCGUGCCUACUGUGUACCGGGCACCACCGCCACCUAUUCCUGCUACUGCGUACUUGGCACCCACACCAGCAGUAUCAGUCGCUCCUGUCUAUAGUUUACCUGUUGUGCCACCAACGGCACCUGCCCCUGCUUAUGCAGCAACACCAGGGGUACCUUCCCUGGCCUACCCAGCGGUACCACUUGUAGUCCCAGCUCCAGUGGUUCGGCCAGUUCCCGUGGCGAGCUCUACUCACCCUACUGAUAUUAUUGUGGCACGAGCUCGGAUUCCAGCCUUGGCAGAGUCGGUGAAAAGUCAAUUCAUGCUAUUCCGCGGAGAGACCAAUCCAAGCGUGGCUCAUCUUGGAUAG